AUACAGAAUAAGUUGCGUUUUGGAUGCGAUCGAAUGCACAUCGCUUUCGGUAUCAGAGCAUGAAUUGUGAUCUGUGAAUCGGACUAAUUUUGUGAAAAAUAAAAUUUAAUUAUUAGAAUAGUUUCGUGAAAGUGUCGGUUUCGGGAAAGUGUCUCACCUGUGAUCUUCGUGUUUCAGUUUAUCGUGAAAAUAGGUGAAAUAAAAGCCGAGUCAUUCCUUCCAUACCUUUCAUCAGGAAUCUACUUAUCCAAAGAGAAUCCAGGAAAUCAAGCAGAAGCACCAUGUGGAGCGUCAUCCGAAUAGCUGUCGUCCUUGAACUCUGUCUGCUAAUUUUAGCAGUACCCUUAAGUGAGGGAGUGACGUCUCGUCUGAGAAAUAAAAAAAAGGCGACGAAGGAAACGAAGGAAAGCAAAGAAGUAAACAUUUGCGAUUUGGAGAGGCGAGAAGCGCCUUUCUUCUGCUACUGUGAUAAUAACGGGCUACGAAAUGCAAGCGAUACGAAUUGUUUGAUCUUCAAUAAGUUUGAAGAGGUUAAUCCUCUAUGGUCUUCUUUUUCCUCUCAAAUCUACAUCGAAAAGUUGACGUUCACCGUCAGACCUGAUGGAAGCUUUACUUAUAUUCCAACACAGGUGCUCAAACAGCUCAAAAACCUUCAUGUAUUCAAUAUACACUAUGCCAAAAUUCAUGAACUUGUUGAAAAUGUCUUCUCUAAUCUUUCGUCAAUUGUCGAAAUUAAUUUGAGUAAGAAUAUGAUUUCGGGCAUUAAGAGGAAUGCCUUCAAUAAUAUGAGCAACUUGACUUUCAUCAACUUGGAUGAGAAUCAGAUAGUUGAAGUUCAUAGAGACUGUUUUGUAAACCUGCCUAUGUUGAAGAAGCUUAUGGUGAACCGCAACAACAUCACUGUAAUUUACGAUAAAGCCUUCUAUUACCUAAAUUCUCUUCAAGAACUUGAGCUUAACGGAAAUCAGAUUAAUGUAAUUACCCGGGACAUGUUUACGGGCUUACGAAGCCUGCAAAAGCUCGACCUGCGAAGCAAUUUGAUAUCAAUGAUCGGCGAAAGCAGUUUUGCUGAAAUGCCCGAACUGCAGGAACUUGAACUAGAUCAGAAUCAGAUCAAGUUCAUCUCAGAAAAGGCACUCGCAGGCAUGAGAAACUUAAAAAAACUCAGACUCAGUGAAAACAAACUCGUCGCUCUUGACGCGGACUUCCUCAAUGAAGCACCUGCUAUCUACUUCCUUGACCUUAGGGACAACCUUCUCAAAACGAUGACCUUCGAUAAUGUUAAGCCAAUUGUGACGAACCUCUACAAUAAUGUCAGCUACUUCUAUUUGGAUGGAAACAAACUGACUUGUGACUGUAAGCUUGCUUGGAUUUGGGGUUUGAGGAAUGAGACAAAAAACAGUAAGCUGAGGGAAGACUUAGAAGAACUCACUUGCUUUCUUGAGAGCAAGAACGCGUCGCUAAAGUCGGUUAAGGAUGCUGAGAGGAACAGUGCCUUGGCUAUUGCACGCAAUCCAGGUAGGAAUAACGACUAUAUUAACAACUUUAAAGAAAAAAAUGUAGCUGAUGAGGAUUACUUGGAGGAUGGAACCGACUACGAAGGAUACGGCAAUUAUGAUGAUUUAGAAUCCAAAGAUACGGCAAAACCACCAGCAAAGGUGGAAAUCCUGGACGGAAAAGUUGGUUUCAUAAAACAAAUAUUUGAACUGAAACUCGAAGAUCUGCCAUGUCCCGAGCCUUCCAGAGAGGAUCUAAUGGCAUCCGAACAACCAUCAAGUCGCCAUGCAAACGCGAUCGGGUCAUCUGGUAUAUUUUUCUUCUCAUCGGGGAAGGCUCAUAACGUGAAUCAAUCCGUCCUCGCGCUUUCUUUCCUCUUCACUGCACGAUUUUUCACGUAGAAGAUUGGGUCCGUUAUAUCCUGAGAUUUUCAACACGAAGAGUGAUCAAUGAUCAUUAAAAGCAGCCACUUCCAAGAAAUAAUAAUUACAAAGCAUUUCGCGAAAGUGAUUAAAGCUGCAUAUCAAUUUCCAAGGUUGCCGAAAAUCCAUCUUAUUUCGAAAAAAGUCUACGUAUGUGAGAAUGUAGGAAACAACGUACGUAUUACACGUAAGGAUUCACAUUUUUGAACGAAAUGUUUAUUUAAUAUAAUUCUUUUCAAGAAAGCAGAGUUUAAGAUUUCGUCAAAAGGAGAAACCAAAAAGAGAUAAAAGACUUAAAAGCCUUAACUAUUUGGUAGGAUUUUCCUAAAAAUGUUCAACUCUGUUAGCUAUACACUGUAUAAUUAAAAUGUAUAAUUAUCUGGAUGUACCUGUCCAGCCUGUCCUCUAGCGUUUUUGUUUACCACGAAAGCGAAAUUCUUUUUGUAAUUCUUUUAUACUUUUCGAUGUUUACAUUAGGAAAAGCACAAAAUGAAAAAGUAUGUAAGAUAGCACAAUUUUACUAUUAAAGGAAAUUUUACUCAGGCCACCUGCUAAGCUUGAUAAUUCGACCUAUCUUUCAAACUUAAAAGAUCCAGCAUUAUUAGAUCAGAGGCUGAAUUUGUGGUCUCUGUCGAAAAUAUUAAAGUCUUUAUAC